GGUCCCAAAAGUCUCCCAAAAUCAGAGUGGUUGGUUUGGUUCAACAAGAGGAAUUCUCCCAAAUUUUGUAUUUUUCACCCAAAUUUUUCCACAAAACCUAACCCUCCUCUUGUUUCACGCGCAAUCCGAAUCUCCAUUUCUAUCUUGUCCUAGGACGAGCUUGUUAAUACGCCAUGGCAGCCGUGUCCGAUCAAGACACUAGUGUAUGCACUCACUGUGAUCGGGCUAUUCCUUCGGCAAAUAUUGAUUUGCAUUUUGUUCAUUGCUCUCGAAACCUUGAAAGAUGCCAAAUUUGUGACGACAUGAUUCCGAAACUACUUGCUGAGGAGCACUAUUUAAACACACAUGCCCCGGUUGCCUGUUCGCUGUGCAGUGAAACCAUGGAACGUGAUAUUUUAGAUAUCCAUAGAGAGGAAAAUUGUCCUAAAAGGAUGAUCACCUGUGAGUUCUGUGAGUUUCCUUUGCCGGCUAUUGAUCUGGCUGAGCAUCAGGAAGUAUGUGGGAAUCGAACAGAACUUUGUCACCUUUGUAACAAAUAUGUUAGACUGCGUGAACUAUACAACCAUGAAGAUAGUUGCAAUACAAUUCAAGACAAUUCUGCAGGGUCUUCAAGGUAUGUGAGGCCAGCUGAAAGAGAUGAGGGUGCUAGAAGAAGGCCGCAGAAUGAUUUCUCAGGAAAGCGUCUUUUUUUCACAAUAGCAUUCACUGGCAUUGCUGUUGUCCUCGGAUCUAUUUUUUUCCAGAGGAAGACAGAUCUCAGCAAUGUGCAAUAGCAGCGGAGAGUAUACGUGUUAGUGUAAAUUUGCUUGAUCUGUAUAAUUUAUUUGCAUACAACAGAAAGUCGAACGAGAUAUACUUCACCGGCGCAUAAAACACAUCGGCAUUGUCAUUGAAUUAUCAUUUUGGUCUUGUAUUUGAUGGUCAGAACUGCCAAGUACCAAGAGAUAAAUGAGUCAUUCAUUACAAAGAUUGAUAUUUGUUGUUAAUCCUCCAAUUAUAUAGGAACUGUAAUAUCGUUUUCGGAUAAAAAUUUGGUUUUUUUUU